ACCAGGACACUAACUCACCUGACGCUGAGCUCCCUGAACGGUUCCUAUAAACCAUGAGGAUCUUCUUGCUGCUCUGCCUGCUGGCGCUAGGCAACGCCAAACCCUACCAGCCAAUCAAUGUCAUGGACUUCAUGAAGAACUACGACGUCAUGAUGGCCGACGCCAGCGAUGAAGAGGACGACGACGACGACCACGACGAUGAUGAUGAUGAUGAUUAUGAAGAUGAGAACUGUCCGUCUGGUUGCCAUUGCUCGCCCAGAGUGGUGCAGUGCUCCGACCAGGGUCAGAUCUCCGUUCCUGACAAGAUCCCUGAAGACACGGUGCUGCUGGACCUCCAGAACAACGACAUCACCGAGAUCAAGGAGAACGACUUCAAAGGUCUCCACAAGCUUCACGGUCUGUUCCUGAUCAACAACAAGAUCUCAAAGAUCCACCCCAAGGCCUUCAGGAACAUGGCCCACCUCAGGCUGCUGUACCUCUCCUACAACCUGCUGACGGAGAUCCCUGCUAACCUUCCUCCUAACGUCAUCGAGCUCCGCUUCCAUGAAAACAAGAUCAACCGGAUCCAGAAGGACGCCUUCAAAGGCCUGAGGAAGCUCCACGUGCUGGAGCUGGGCGCCAACCCUCUGGCCAACAGUGGGAUUGAGUUUGGAGCUUUUAACGGCCUGUCGACGCUCUACAUCGGGAUAGCAGAGGCCAAGCUAACCGCUAUUCCAAAAGACCUCCCGUCCUCCAUCACUGAGCUCAGCCUCGACUACAACAAGAUCGCUAAGGUGGAAGUAGAAGACUUCAUCAGAUAUAAAAACCUGCAGAGACUAGGAUUGGGUUUUAACCAGAUCAAGUCGGUAGAGAACGGCAGCUUCGCCAGCAUCCAGAGCGUCCGAGAGAUCCACAUGGACAACAACCGUCUGAGGAAAGUCCCACCGAGCCUCAACACGCUGAGAUACCUCCAGGUGAUUUACCUCCAUGGAAACAAAAUCAGCAGUGUGGGCGUGAACGACUUCUGUCCCGUCCGACCCAGCGACAAGAAGAACCUUUACACAGGAAUCAGCCUGUUCGCCAACCCUGUUAAAUACUGGGACAUCCAGCCGGCCACCUUCCGCUGUGUGACUGGACGGAGAGGCGUCCAGCUGGGAAACUUCAGAAAGUAAAGAGAGGAAACCAUGUUCAAGAGCUCUCAGAGAGGGAGAACUGCCAAUAUCCUUGUUCCAGUACAAGACAGGAGUCAAACACAACUAUUAGAUAGAUUAAACAAGAAGAAACUGGAUUUCUCAAGUGUUUAGGAAAUGAGAGGAAAUGUGCUGUUGAUGUAUAUUAGAAGGUGAGAACAUGUUGUUGAUGAUGCUGAGACAAUUUACACAAAACUAUAAAAAUACUGGAGUCUCACUGAUAAAAAG